GUUCUUUGGAUCUGAGCCUUCGUCUUCACCUUCUCUCUCAUGAGAGAAAAGAGAGAAAUCAGAUUUUUAAAAAAAAUUAAAAUUAAAAUUAAAAUUAUAUAUCCAUUUUUCUUAAAAAAAAUUGAAUCAAUAAUUAGCAGCUCUUGUUCCUGCACCCGUGGUUCCAACCUUUUUUGUUCUCGAACCUCCCAAAUCUUCUUUCUCCUCUUCAAUUUUCGCCCAGUUUUCUCUGCUCGAUCUUCUCAUCGUGUCUUGUUCGCGAAGAGAUUCCAUUUUCAAAAUACCCACAUGCUGUGAUCCCCCAUGUGUGCAAGAGUGCAAUCACAUAUUCCGUUAAAAAAAAAUAAAAAAAUUCAAUUUUUGCUUGUGGGGUGGCGAUUUUUCGAUCUGGGUGUGUGGAGGGUGGAGUGAGGAAUAGUGGGUCGUUGUUGGGUUAUAGCAGUGAUGGUUGUUUUGGAUGGAGCUGAGAGGAUGAGGAAAGAUCAAUAAUUUUGGAAUUAGUUUUGAAAAAUAAUGCUGUAUCUGAAGCAGCCUAGAGUUCAGGGUAUGGGUUUGGAUUUUUGGGUUGUCGGUCUUUUGCAUUGUGCUGAUUCUGAAUUUUUGUGAUUUUGUGUUAUUACUCCUUGCAUGCCAUUUUGGUGGUUUCCCUGAGCCUGAGGCUCGGGGGAUCUGAGUGUUGCAGAGAAAGUUAUGGCAUCUUCAGAGAAUGAACCUUGUCACUCUCCUUCUGCCUCUGAUCAAUCCCCUUCUCCUCCUUCUCCUCCUUCCAAUGUCUGUAUGCAGAAAUUUAGGCUAUAUGAGACUCGAUCGAACUUUUACAUGAUAGGAAGGGACAAGAGCAGGACAUAUUGGAAAGUACUAAAGAUUGACCGUCUUGAUCCUUCCGAGCUAAAUUUGCGUGAAGAUUCCACCACAUAUACAGAAAGUGAAUGUUCUGAUCUUUUGAGACGGAUACAUGAGGGUAACAAGUCCACAGGUGGACUAAAAUUUGUUACAACUUGUUAUGGAAUUGUAGGGUUCAUCAAAUUUUUGGGGCCUUACUACAUGCUGCUUAUCACAAAAAGAAGGCAAAUUGGUGCAAUCUGUGGUCAUACAGUAUAUGCUGUCUCAAAGAGCGAGAUGAUUCCAUUGCCAAAUUCUUCAGUUCGGUCUAACAUCAAUUCUAAAAAUGAAAACAGGUACAAGAGGCUCCUAUGCAUGGUUGACCUUACAAAGGAUUUCUUUUUCAGCUACUCAUACCACAUUAUGCGUAGUCUUCAAAGGAACAUGUGUGAUGAUGAGACAGGCCAUAUUCUUUAUGAGACCAUGUUUGUUUGGAACGAAUUCUUAACUCGAGGAAUUCGGAAUCACCUCCAGAAUACUAUUUGGACAGUUGCACUAGUGUAUGGAUUUUUUAAACAGGAAAUGCUUAUGAUAUCCAGACGGGAGUUCACACUUACGCUCAUUGCAAGACGAUCACGUCAUUAUGCUGGCACUAGGUAUUUGAGGCGUGGUGUUAAUGAGAAAGGAAGAGUAGCAAAUGAUGUUGAGACAGAACAAAUAGUCUUUGAGGAUGUUGCUGAAGGUCUUCCCAUCCAAAUAAGCUCUAUCAUCCAGAACCGUGGUUCAAUCCCUCUUUUCUGGUCACAGGAAACUUCAAAACUAAAUAUUAAACCAGAUAUUAUAUUGUCAAAAAAGGAUCAGAAUUAUCAAGCCACUAGACUUCACUUUGAAAACCUUGUCAAAAGAUAUGGGAAUCCCAUAAUUAUUUUGAAUUUAAUAAAGACCCAUGAGAAGAAGCCUCGCGAGUCCAUACUUCGUCAAGAGUUUGCUAAUGCCAUAGAUUUCAUUAAUAAAGAUUUAUCCGAGGAGAACAGGCUUAGGUUCCUUCAUUGGGAUCUGCACAAACAUUUUCAGAGCAAAGCUACAAAUGUCUUGCAGCUUCUUGGCAAAGUGGCUGCAUAUGCAUUGACAUUAACAAGUUUUUUCUAUUGCCAAACGACACCAACCUUGAGACCAGAAGAAAGUCUGAAAUGGCAAAGUACAGACAGUGUUGAUGAGGGAACCUUUUCACCUACUAGACAUGCCAAUGAUGAUAAUGGGGAUGCUAAUAAUUUAGAGAGGAAACCAAGUGAAGGAAACAAUGAUGCCAAUGAAAAUCAUUCUGUCAAACCACCCAUGUUGCAGAGGGGGGUGCUCAGGACCAACUGCAUAGACUGCUUGGAUCGCACUAAUGUUGCACAAUAUGCAUAUGGGUUGGCUGCUCUUGGCCACCAGCUCCAUGCUCUGGGAGUUAUUGACCACCCAAAAAUUGAUCUUGAUGACCCUGUAGCAGAUGAUUUGAUGGGGUUUUAUGAGCGGAUGGGUGAUACACUCGCACAUCAGUAUGGUGGUUCUGCUGCUCACAACAAGAUUUUCUCUGAGAGGAGGGGCCAGUGGAGAGCUGCAACACAGUCUCAGGAGUUUUUUAGGACUCUUCAACGCUAUUAUAGCAAUGCAUACAUGGAUGCUAUGAAACAGGAUGCAAUCAAUGUAUUCCUGGGGCAUUUUCAGCCACAACAGGGUAAGCCUGCUCUAUGGGAGUUGGGUUCAGAUCAGCUCUAUGAUGCAGGAAGACAUGGAGAUGACGAUGCUAGGUCAUUUUUCAAAAGAUCCUUCUCAGAUGGAAACAUUCUUAAUGAAAGUUCUACACCGAUGUCAGCCCCAAAGGCCAAGCAUGAAAAAUUCCCAAGCCAAGGCGGCUUACCAGAUCGAUCAGAAGAAGGAAGCAAGGGUCUCUGUGAGUCAUCACCAGAAAUAUCUACUACUGAGAGUGACAUCUCAUUUUCAAGGUACACUCCCUCAAUGCCUCGGAGACAGCUCUUUGGAGAUAUGCAAAGAGAGCGCUGCCUUGAAAGUGAACAUAUUUACUAUUCUGAUCAUGGGGAUUCCUUCAGCUGCUCCAACUUUGUUGACCUGGAUUGGCUAUCUUCUUCAGGAAAUUCAUGUGAAGAAGAGCCAUUUGAGAGGUCAUCAAUUACCAACUCUCCAAUUGCUGGAGUUUCUUCAGAAAAUGUUGUCAAUGGAAUAAUGGUAGGUGAGGCAACUGCCUCCACUAGUGAUUGGGGGGCCUCCAGCCUAAAGUAUUCUCAGGGAAGGGAACAAACUGAAUCCGAGUUAUCCUACGGUGAUGCACGGUCCAACACACCAGAGGAAUUUCCAGAUACUUUUGUAAACUGGGUGACUUAUGGACAGACACUUUGCCAUUGAACUUUGCAUAUGAUCUCUUGCACUAAUGUAUGAUUGACAUUUUUUUGGCUUGGUCUAAAGAUGCUUAUUAGAAGAAACUAGAGAGAAGGAACCGGGUAAAGAAAAAGAAUCAGGCAUUUGGGUAGGCUUCUGUUUAUGUGGUGCUAAUCUAAGAAUCAUCCUGGGGCCAAUCUUGGUAUUGACAUGCAACAUUAAUAUUUCUGUUGUGAAGAUCUCAAUCAAAUCCUCAAGGCAUAGUAGAAAAUAGUGCAUAGCAAGUGUUUGUAAAAUUCUUCACUGUCUUUUUCUUUCUUUUACUAUUAUUAUUAUUAUUAUUAUUAUUAUUAUUAUUAUUAUUGUUAUUUUCUGUUAUUGUCUUCUUGGAGUUCGGUGUUUUCAUUAUUCUUUCAGCAGUUUUAAUAGGUGCACCUUUUGUAAAUAUUAUUUACCCUGUUUUGUGGGAGCUUCACUUUUAGAAUUGUAGAUAUAAUUGAUUCUUUUAAAUAACUU